CGUUUGAGCCGCCGUACCUGCAUAUAGCCGCAACAAAUCUGCCAAAAUGUUGACCACGUCCAAACCUCCACGCUAUCUUGCCCUGCUGAUCCUCUGUCCCUACCCAUUCCUGAACGACUGAACGACACCUCCUCGAAGUCGAGCAAAUCCUCCAACCACGAACACAGAACUACCCCACCAUGACCUCACCCUACACGAACCAAGAAUGGCAGCGGCUCAUUGUCGACGUAGAAAAGAACCUGAAAAUCGACGAAAGCAAGAAAUAUGAUAUACCAGAUGUAGCCAGCACGGUAGACCACACUCUUCUCAAGCUCGACAGCAAGAGCAGCCAAUUCGAUGAGCUAUGCAAAGAGGCCAGAGAACACCAAUUCGGUUCUGUCUGCGUGAGACCUGAAUGGGUGAAGCAAUGCGUUGAUGCGUUAAAGGGCAGCGGAGUGAAUGUUGCGAGUGUGGUUGGCUUUCAUGAGGGGACGUAUACUCUUGAGGAGAAGUUGAAGGAUACGAAGAUUAGUCUUGAGGGUGGUGCUGCAGAGUUGGAUAUGGUUGUUAAUUGGCCGCAGUUGCAGAAGCAGGAAUACGAGACUAUCUACGCUGAGCUGGUAGCGAUCCGAGCAGCCGCACCACACCCAACGCUCAUCAAGCUCAUCCUUGAGACGUCGCAGCUUAGCGAUCAGCAGAUUAUUGCUGGAGCGGUGCUGGCUUCGGCUGCUGGGUUGGACUUCAUCAAGACUGCUUCUGGAUUUCAUGGACAUGGGGCAACACUGCCUCAUGUGCGACUCAUGAAGGCUGCUUGUGAAUAUCUUGCCCGUAAUCCAGUACCUAAUACUGCAACGCCAAAUCAGAUGCUUGUCAAGGCUUCUGGUGGCAUCCGAUCUUAUGACGAUGCGAUCAAGAUGCUCGAAGCUGGAGCCAGUCGACUUGGCACCAGCGGUGGUGUAUUGAUUGCUCAGCAGGCAAAAGAACGUGCGGCGGGCACAAGCAGCACUUCAGCUCCGACGGGCUCAACUUCUGAGUACUGAUCACGACGGACUUUUUUCGGAGCACCAAACGUGCCGCAGCUGGUGUUUUGCUAUCUGCAAACGGACACUGAGUCCAGACCCUUCUCUGUCCAAGUUGCAGCUUGCGCUCGAGCACACUGCGAAAUCUGGUCGAGUUCUGUCAUACGUGGGGUGAAGCGCCAAGGAUACAGUAGACUACGCAUAACGCAACGAAUCAGGAACAGCAUAAUUGCAUUUGCCUGUUCAACCAUCGGGACCUGCGACAUUUACUGCCUUCGAUUUCCUCAAUCAUGAGAUCGGAGAGCUCGGAAGAAGUUCUGCUGCUAUCAUCGAUUCCAG